AUGGAGCUCCAAAACCUCAAUGAUCCUUUUACUCUAGAAUCCUCCAGAGAGCCAUCUUUCUUCAAACUCCAACCUCAAAAGCCAUUAGAACAUUUUGCUUGGGACGAUAGCUUGCCAGACCUUGCUCACGGUAUUUUUGAAAGCCAAUCGCAUGUCUUUGUUAAAGAUGACUCAAACAUAUACGCUUUAAAUGUGUUCGGAGAUGAGCCGUCGGACCCAAUCGAAUCAGCGCCGCCUUCAUCUUCUUCGAGUCGCGUUGGUGGGGAUCAUGUUAGUGGUACUGAUGCAUUGAGUGACACUGGGGAUAUCUGGGAGCUGAAAAGCGUUUCUGACGCCGCUCCGGACGAUUGUUUGCUGAGGGCCUGGGACACGUUUCCUGACCACAGACGGUCAUAUAAGUCAUCCAGUCCUACAUAUCUUAGCGAGUCUGGAUCACAUGGAUUCGAUGUCGCACUCACCUUUUGGGCAAGCCAAACCGGCCUUGAGGACUCUGGGCGUGUAGUGAGAACAGAUAUCUUCAUGCUUUCCCUUUUCAAACUUGGCAUGGGUUGGAAUUCUAUCUUUUUCCGAUUCAACGAACAAACCCGAAAAUUUGAAAAGGCAAUGAGGGACAUUCGCAUAUCCGGGAUAAGCCUAACAUCUUUGGAUGCGUUUAUCGACGAACUUCUCCACUGCGGUUCUCAAGUUCGUCGUGUGAGAAGAUUCCUUGCGUCUGUGCCAACUAAGGCUAACUUACCUGCUGCGUUAGCCAAUCUCUCACGCGCGCUAUAUGUGAUACUCUAUAGCCUGGAGAGUCAACUGUUCGAACGUUUUAAGUCCGGUCCAUCAUUGCUGGAGACCCAAAUGCUUUUUAGACGCUCACAAUGCUUGAUCAAAUGCCUUGUUGAUAUAAUUGACACACUAGAGAAUACAACAACAGAAGGUGGUGUUAUUUCAUCCAUCUUCGUCAAAUGCGACCAUCUUGCCCAUGAAUUUCUUUGGUUGACGGAUAUCUUGCACGAAAUCCUAACUAUCACGGCUGGAAGUUGGCUCUUCUAUAUUGCGAAACUUCUCGGUCUCCCUGUCGGUUCUCUUGGAGCCGAGAUGUCCAAUGGAAACUAUUUCCAUGUUCCGAUCCGCGAAAUAAGCCACACCACGCGGUAUCAACGGGAUUUUGAAACAGGACUGCAAACUAUCUCCAGUGAAAUGCCCGGAAUUAUCAGUUCUGAACAUUCUGAAGCUAUCCUCGAGAAUGCCAAAAGCCUUCGCUUCCUAAGGUGUUUCCAUUCCGACCACCCACUUUCUCAGAAAUGCAAACCGUAUGAUCCUGUUUCUCUAGUUUCCCCAUCCUUAGAAUGUGGUUUCACUUGGGGAGACAUGGAUCGAAUCCAACAGAAAGCCAAGGCUUAUGAACAAAACGUGCGUUCCGAAAUUUUGAAGUAUAAUCGGAGAGGCGAGAGUUUUAACCAAGUUGAUGGCGAACAAAUCGAGACAAUCCAUGAAGAUGCACAUGGUAUUGAUGAACCAAUCAGCAGCAUAUUCGAGCUUUCUGAUUUGGACGACCUCGCACCCAACCGACCCCGGAUCUUGGAGAGGUCUGAAUCAAUUGCUUCACAUAGACUUUACCGUCUAAUUUCAGAGAGCCCUUGCGUCAAUGCUGAGCGAAGUCUAGGUGUUGAGUUACCCUUUGGGCCGCCGUUGAUGUCGGCAUUAUACCUGUCAUUUGCACCGGUCAUCUCGGCGCAGACGAGGCUCAUUAACUUUUCGUGCCUUCACCUCCUUUUCAAGAAGCAUAAGCUUAGAGAGCACCUGCAUUUGCAAUGGCGCUUUCAGCUCUUCGGGGACGGUGCUUUUUUAUCGAGAUUGUCAACUGUUCUUUUUGACCCUGAUAUGCAGAGCGGUGAGCGGAGAUCUGGUGUUGCGCGGGGUGGAACGUCGACAGGUCUCCGCCUGGGUAGCAGGGACACAUGGCCUCCUGCAAGUUCUGAACUUCGGUUGGUGUUGAUGGGUUUGCUGACAGAGUGUCAUGCUGAAUAUGAGAGGUCCAACUCUACGAGUCAGUUGGAAGCAAACAAGACCAAAAAGGAGCUACCAGGUGGACUGAGUUUCUCUAUUCGAGAGCUUCCUGAUGAAGAGCUCGUCGAAUGCAAAGAUCCGAACUCUGUCAAAGCGCUCGACUUUCUACGCCUCCAAUAUACGGCCCCACCAAUGUUAGAAGAUGUUGUUACCUCGCGAAGCCUCGGCAAAUAUGAUCGUAUUUUUAAACAUUUGCUUAGGCUACUGAGACUUCUCUCCACCGUCCGUGGGCUGGUGCGGAGUCAAUCGAGUAAUCAUUCACACCCUAGCCUAGCUUGCGGACACAGAUUUUGCUUCGAAGCCGUGCAUUUUAUACAGGCAAUUGGCGAAUAUUGCUUCCAUAUCUGUGUUGGCGAGAUUUGGCGUAAAUUCGAAAGAACUCUUUCAAGGAUCGAGAGAUGUAUUGACGACGGUGACAUUGACGGAACAAUUGAGCAUGCGAAAAGCCUUCGUCGACUGAGAGAAUACCACGAAGACGUUCUCGAUCAAAUUCUCUUUGCUAUGCUACUAAGCAAGAAGCAUUCCCAGGCAUACGCUUUGCUUGAAGAUAUAUUCGGCACCAUAAUUACAUUUUCAUUGCAUUGGAAGGCAGUUAAUUAUCGAGAGAAUGUUCCAGCUUCCCGCGAGCAGUCGAUACGAGAGUUACAUUUGGUAUUCAGAAAACAAAUUGGGGCCCUCGUUCGGUUCUUAAGGGGAUUGGGGAGUGUCAGAUCAGCCCAAAAAAGGACGAGGCAUGACGACUUGGGCGCAUCGAGGACCGAACGGGCCAUGGAUAUUGAUAUCAACACUAUUUUCGAUCAUUUGCUGUUGAGACUUGACAUGACUGAAUUCUACUAG